AUGGGGAAGCGGCAGAGUGCCACUGGGAGCAUGUCCACUGUGACUCAAGAAACGGCUCAGAGAGAGAAUGAAGACGAUGACUUUCAGUAUGUGGAUCAUGACUAUGAACUACCACAGCAGAAAGGUUUGAAGAAGAUAUGUAACAGGGUGAAAUGGACACGUGAUGAGGAUGAAAGGCUAAAGAAGCUGGUGGAACAAAAUGGUACAGAUGAUUGGGCUUUCAUUGCUAGUCAUCUACAAAAUCGUUCAGAUUUUCAGUGCCAGCAUCGAUGGCAGAAGGUACUAAACCCAGAAUUGAUUAAAGGUCCCUGGACUAAAGAAGAAGAUCAGAGGGUUAUUGAAUUAGUUCAGAAGUAUGGUCCAAAGCGCUGGUCUCUAAUUGCAAAACACCUGAAAGGAAGAAUAGGCAAGCAAUGCAGAGAGAGAUGGCAUAACCAUCUCAAUCCUGAGGUAAAAAAGUCUUCAUGGACAGAAGAAGAGGACAGAAUAAUCUAUGAAGCUCACAAGCGUUUGGGAAACCGAUGGGCUGAAAUAGCAAAACUUCUUCCUGGAAGGACUGAUAAUUCCAUUAAAAAUCACUGGAAUUCAACAAUGCGAAGAAAGGUGGAACAGGAAGGAUAUUUACAAGAUGAUAUGAAGUCUGAAGGAGCUAGUUCAUCCAGACUUCAGCCCCAACCUUGUCUAACUGUGGAACACUUGCAUACUCACAAUCAAUUUUACAUACCUGUUCAGACACAUAUUCCAGCAUACUAUUAUGCCUCGCCCGAAGGCAGCUGUCUAGAACAUGCCUCAGCUUCUUCCAACUUAGUUCAGCAGUCACUUAUUGAUGAUGAUCCUGAUAAAGAAAAGAAAAUAAAGGAACUUGAAUUGCUACUUAUGUCAGCAGAGAAUGAAAUCAGAAGAAAACGAGUGUCUUCUCAAGCUGGAAACUUACCUUGUUGGUCUGGAAGUUUUGUCACGGAAGAGUGGGUAUCUAAUACACUAAAUAGCCUCGGGGAACAAACAAGUGAGUUCUACAGCAUGGAUGAGACCCACAGCACACCUGUUCAGCAGAAUUCACCACCUAAGUAUUUGCCUGUGGAAGCAAAUACAAUGUUAUCAUCUCUACAAACCAUUCCAGAUUUUGCAGAGACACUAGGGCUUAUUGAAUCUGAUCCUGUAGCGUGGAGUGAUGUCCCCAGUUUUGAGCUUUCAGAGGCUGUUGCAUCUCCUGUCAAGCCAGCUCCAGUAAAACUAAUGCGGAUUCAACACAAUGAACGGGCUGCUGAAUGCCAGUAUAAUGUCAGCGUUGUGCUCGAUGGCAAAAAACAGAGUAGCGUCAGUGGCGAGGAAGAAGGAGUUUUUCCAACAACCCUGAACUUCACGAAGUUCAGCUCUCCACCUACUAUCCUAAGAAAGAAAAAGAGAUUGCGUGUUGGGCAAUCAACAGUUCAUGAACUGAAUGAUGGCUUGUGUAAUGGUGCCAUCAAUGUUGCACUAAAGCAAACACCAGUGAAAACACUACCAUUUUCUCCAUCACAGUUUUUCAACACUUGCUCUGGAAAUGAACAAUUUAACCUUGAAAAUCCUGCAUUUACAUCAACUCCAAUCUGUGGGCAGAAAGUUCUUCUUACAACUCCUCUACACAAGGAAAUGACACCAAAAGAUCAAAAGGAAAAUGUGGGUUUUAGAACGCCCACAAUUAGAAGAUCUCUUUUGGGUUCAACACCAAGGACACCAACUCCUUUUAAAAAUGCUUUGGCUGCUCAGGAAAAGAAGUAUGGUCCUCUCAAACUUACGUCACAACCACUUGCCUUCUUGGAGGAAGACAUUAGGGAAGUUUUGAAAGAGGAAACUGGAACAGAUAUAUUUCUCAAGGAGGAAGACGACAGUGUGUAUAAAAGCUGCAAGCAGGAGCACAACUCUUCUAAAAAAGUCAGAAAGUCACUGGUCCUAGACCCAUGCGAAAAAGCAGAGGUUGGUGCCCACCUCUUCACGGAAGAUAAUAGUUCAGAUGUACAGUCAGAAAAUGCACAUACCACAUCUUUAUUAAUGACACCAUUGUUGGAAAUACAUGACAACAGAUGUAACUUGACAUCAGAAAACCAGGAUACAAAUCCAGCAAACAAAGCAAAUGCAGUAAUUAAGAAGAAACUGAAUGCAUGUGCUUCAAAAAAUAUCGAAAUGGAGAAAACUCUUCAGUCAAGUUGUGAAUGGGAAGCAGUUGUUUACGGAAAAACAGAAGACCAGCUUAUCAUGACUGAACAAGCAAGAAGGUAUCUGAACACAUACACAGCUACCAACAGCACUUCCAGGGCUCUGAUACUGUGAUGGUCACUGCAACUGACAACCGUCUCUUUCCAUUGAAACAGACACAAAGCUGACGGCGAUGCCAGCACAGCACUUGUGAAUUAAGUCUUUACUUUGAGACAGCCUGCAAGGGAAACCUUAAAGCUACCUUAAAGCUUCCUUUCUUCUUUUGGCUGACAAAGAACAGACAUAAAGCUCUCACAUUCUCUAGGAAGGGCUAGUACAAACAGUUCUGCAAUGAAUUUCUUAAAUAUUAAAAAAGUAACACCCUAAAAUAUGAUGAAGAAUGGUAAAAUACAUUGCAAUACUGACAACAUACAGUUUUUAGGUCUAUUUUUCGUAUUUAUUCUUUUGACUUGCAU